UACUUACCCGAUUUCUGUUGGUGUUCAACGGCCUUAAAAAGGAGUACUUGUGGCGCAAGCCUAAACAGCACCACAAAUACCUCUCUUGUUUUGGAGUUUCCUUCAAACAGCUUCACCACCUUCGUUUACCCUGCCAUGGCCGCCGACAAGCGAACCAUCGGCCUCGGCAUGGACUACUCGCCGUCGAGCAAGGCUGCGGCGAAGUGGGCAGUGGAUAACCUGGUGAAGGCCGGCGACCGGAUCAUCCUCAUCCAUGUCCUUCCCAAAAGAGCAGAUGCCAGCCACAAGGAGCUCUGGAAGAGCACCGGCUCACCUUUGAUUCCUCUGCUGGAGUUCAUGGAGAUGAACGUGCAGGCGAGGUAUGGGAUCAACCCUGAUAGGGAGGUACUAGAGAUCCUGCAAGAUGAAUCAAAGUCCAAGGAGGUGGAAGUGCUCGCAAAAGUUUACUGGGGCGAUGCAAGGGAGAAACUCUGUGAAGCAGUAGAUGAUCUCAAGUUGAAUACCUUUGUGCUUGGUUGCAGGGGUUUAGGGCCCUUGAAGAGGACCCUACUUGGAAGUGUGAGCAACUAUGUUGUCAACAAUGCAAGCUGCCCGGUUACUGUGGUGCGCGGACCAACCGGGUCAAAUGCCUGAUUCUGCUAAAAGAUGGGGCUCUAGGAGUGCUGAUCUCGUUUUCAUGCUCAUUCAUCGGUUAGCAGAGAAUCUUUAUGUGAGUUGGUGUCGUAACAAGGAUGGUGAUUUUUGAACCCUGCACUUAGCUUUUCCAUAUUAAUGGAAACUACCAUUGAGUUGAAUCUGAAUCUCCGGUGUAUUUCCUUCUGUUACUUCCUAUGUUGUUCCUUACUACUGUUAAUGGUGCAUGUUAAAGAUUGUCAUGGUUUACUUGCUUUAUGUGUAUGACAAGAAUGGGCCUAAGAACAAUGGUGCACUAUGGCAGGUCUUUGUAACAGAAUGGCAUAUUUGAAUUUAUAUAUUUUUGUAAAAGAGAACAAUCUUACAUAAGCAAAGAGAACAUAAAUGGUGCCAGUAGAUCAGAUAUAUAACGCUUCAUUUCCAAAUGGCACCAAA